GAUAUAUUAAUACAACAUGAGUUUGCGAAGAAUUUCAAAUUGUCGCAUCAGAGCACGAGAGCAGUCGCUUAACCAGAAGAUCACCUAUGAGCUAUCCAAGACAUUACCUUUUCUAAAAAAGCAGAGUCGAAGGAAUCGGUAUAAAUCUCAGAAACAAAGUUCACUUGCAUCAAUUAAAAAUCUUCAGCAAAGCUGCUUCACUAACAUAAGAAUACAAGAAAGAGAGGAUACUUAUGACUCGAGGUUUCAUUUUGGACAUUCUAAAUCAUUCAAAUUGCCUAUAAAAAUCCACCAGCCUCAAAGCAGCGAGAGUGAAGACAUAGUGACAAUCAGGCCAUACAAUAGCAAAAUGAUGCUCAAACUAAAAGAAACGGGUUCAUCUAAUGGCAGUAGGAGCAACCUGAAAGAUUUUGAGGAUGACUCCUACAGUAACUUAUUUCAGAACAAAUAUGUGCUGAAAUAAGAAGAAGUUGAUUAAACAGUAUCUCAAAAAGCAGAAAUAUACAUUUGCGAGAGAGUUUCCUCUCCCUCUACUCUCCCAGACAAAGAAGCAAUCUGCAUUUGACACUCCGAAGAAAUACAUGGGUAAUGCUUGCAUGAAGCAUGAAAAAGAAGGAUUCAUGAGAAGGAAUAAGCUCCUUCUUGAAUAUCUGAUCCAUGAACGCCUUAAGAAAAAGAAAUAGACA